AUGUCCAUUCAUUCUUCUUCCCUGCCGUCUUCAAGAAUCUCUCAGGCUCGAGCAUCGGGUAUUUCCUGUUUUCACCAGCACAAAGAAUGUCGCAAAUUAUGCCAUUCAGGCAAGAAGCCCGAGAGCACUGUUGCUUGGCUUAGCCAGGGUGUGAUCGUGCCAUAUUACUCCGCCAGUGGUGGAUUCGUGCUGGCGAUCUUCCCCAGACUGAAUGGUAAUUGUCUACGAGGUGGUCCGGGGUUUUGCGCCAAAGAUCGUCCACUUCCACCAGUUACCAUGCUCGAAUUUCCCCCAGACUGUGAGGAGUGA